GAUUAUGCAGGAGAGAAAAUUAAAGAGAAGUGAGAGAGACAAGGAAAAGAUGGUACCGGAGGAAGAAAUAGUUAUAGUGGGGGCAGGAAUAGCUGGGCUGGCCACGGCAGUGGCGCUCAAAAGAGUGGGGAUUACAGCAUUGGUGUUAGAAAAAUCUGAUGGCCUCCGAGCCACUGGUGCUAUUCUCUUCCUCUUCCCAAAUGCUUGGCUCGCUCUUGAUGCCCUGGGCGUCGCUCAUAAACUUACUCCCCGCUAUGCCGUCCGCAAAAAGUCUGAUUUUUAUUCUUUCUCAGUCUCUCCCUCCUAUGAAGUACGUAACAAAUGUUGCCACUGGAACUGUCCAAGAAGUCUCCCUCGUUGGAAACGAAUAGAGAUGGACCUAUCACAGUACAUCGCAAGGCGUUGCUGGAGAGUCUAGCAGAGGAGCUGCCAAGCAACUCAAUCCGAUUCUCAUCCAAGCCCAUCUCCAUUGAAGCCCAUGCCCAAGAAGGUCCAUAUACUGUUCGCUUGGAAGAUGGAACUGUGAUUACAACCAAGGUUUUGAUAGGCUGUGAUGGGGUGCACUCGUUUGUGGCUCGUAAAUUGGGACUGGCCGAGCCGGUGAAGUCGGGUCGAUCGGCUGUGCGUGGGAUGGCGGUGUUUCCAGAGGGUCAUGGGAUGGGUGAUGAAGUGCAGCAAUUUGUGGAUGUGGGCAUAAGGGCUGGCAUUGUCCCUCUUAAUGAUAAAGAGAUUUACUGGUUCAUCACUUUCAAAUCUACUCCUAAAGGUGAGGCCAUGGCAAGAGACCCAGAACAAAUACAAAGACAAGUGAUUGAGAAUUUUGCUAAGAACUUCCCUCCGAUAUACGCUGAAGUGGUCCGCCACUGCGAUCUUUCUACCUUGACAUGGGCUCCACUGUUAAUGAGACUUCCAUGGCACCUCAUUUUUGGAAAUGUAAGCAAAGGGACGAUGACAGUGGCAGGUGAUGCCAUGCACCCCAUGACCCCUGACCUAGGCCAGGGUGGCUGCUCAGCCCUGGAGGACGCAGUUGUCCUAGGCCGCCACAUCGGAAACUCAUUCAUUGAUAACGGAAGGCUGGUGCCGGGAGCGGUGGCCAGAGCCAUAGAGGGGUACGUGAAGGAAAGGAGGUGGCGCACAACUAGGUUGAUAACGGGGUCAUAUAUGUCAGGGUUGGCGCAGUCAGGUGGAGAUGGAUGGUGGAUGAAGUUGUUCAGAGACGUGAUAUUCUAUGGGUUUAUUUUCAAGAGGCUUGUUGGUGUGGCAGAUUAUGACUGUGGGAAGCUCCCUCUAUUGAAUGAACAAAAUAAACCUCAGUAGCUUCAUUUCAUUUAUUAUUUUCGCAUCAUUUUUUUUUUUUUUUUUUGUGCGUGUGUGUGUUUGUUUUAGCCCUUCUGUUAUGUAGUUUGUUCCAGUUUUACUACAUGCGUACACCCACGUUGACAAUAAGAGUGUAAUAAAACAUAUAAAUUUGUUGAAGAU